AUUAUGCAGAGCUUUGAAGGGUUCAAAGAGAAGUAUCGUAUUACAGCUAUUUUCUGCAAAUCGUUAUUAGCUUUAUAUACUUUAAACUAGACGUUUUAAAUUUAUUACUGUUUAAGGACUCACUUCGAAAUGGGUACAGGUACUUCUAAAACAAAACUCAAGGAUGAAUUUUGUGAGACAAAAAAAAGAAUACACUACAACAUGGUAACUGAACAAUCGACGACAGGUCGUGAUAAUCAUACCGAGAAACUAUCUACUCCUGUUAGAAAUCAGACGCCAAAAAUUCAAACAGCAGAUGACGAAAAAGAAAGCAAACAUAAAAAACAACGCAGAAAAAAGAACAAAAAUGUUCUGAACGCCAUAGCACAGAAACCAAGUGGAACGGAUAUAUACAACUUCGAAAGUGUCAGUGCAAACGAAAUUUUGAAAUUUGUCGUCACCAACUUUGAAAAUGGCUGCACAUUUGAAGAUUUCUUAUUACAUUGUGACCUUUUCCCUUCUUCUGUAGAAAUUCCACGGUGGUUAGAAAAGCAUACGAUGCAAUUUCAUAUUUUCAAAAAUAAUGAAAAGAUAGAAUACAUAUUACCAUAUGUAAAGACCGCUGGCGUUUGUUCUCCUUAUAAUAAUCGACAAUACCCUGGACAAUGUAAUUAUGUCAAUUGUCGCUUCUUACACGUUUGUCGUCGGUUUGUCAGACACGUAUAUUGCAAUUUCAAAGGUUGCAGGCUAGCUCAUGAUUUUACAAAUCAGCACAAUAGUCGACUCAUAGUACGAUUUGGAUUAGAGAAUUUCAGCGAAAACCAAAUUAAAAUGGUCCUUAAUAACCAUUUCCCAUCCAUUUGUAAGGACUAUAAUUUUCAUGAAAGAUGCAAAGUUGGUACAAAGAAAUGUGUCAAUUUGCAUUUAUGUGGUUCAUAUAAAUUCGGAAAAUGUGAAGAACCAUGCAAGUACAAACGAACUCAUAAACUCAAUAAAGAUCAUAACAAAUGGGUUCUCAGAGCAUUUGAGAUGACGAGCUGGCCAGAAGAAAAAAUCUUGAAAAGCAUCUACGUUCCACCUAAAAGAGCCCCCAGUUAUUCAAAUACUGAUGAACGUGACUUUGACCAUAACAAAAACAUUGACCUGGAUGAAAAUUAUGUUCCACCCAAGGCCGGUAGUAGUGAUAGUAACUCGGAUGCAGACGAGUCGUAA